GGUAGUGAUGGCGCUCGCUUGAGUAAAGCGCGGUGAAGACGACACGGAGACGAAUUUAGAACUUUCUUCUGUCAGGAAAAGAGGUCUUUAAUACAUUUUUUUAAACAUAGCAGCACACAGCCGGAGCACCAACUUGACAAAGUCCGUUAAGUGACUUACAUAGUAGGCUAGUUAUUUUGCAUUGCCAAGACUUCUUGCUUUAUGCAACGCCGUGACGAAGAAAUUAAGCUUAGUUAGCUGUACAGCUAGAUAGCUAAAUAUUUUUUUCUAGUAGCUAACGUUCGUACCUUCUUCAUCUGAGGACUUAAACGAUAUUUUCAAGCCUGUGGACAGAGGACGUGAUCGUCCUUCAACUUUCACCGCACCGAUAAGGUGCCGCUUUUGCCAUCUUGCAGCCCUCUCAUUCCCCGGCCGGGGCUGCAGCUCGGUGAGCCGGGAGAAACUCGUAACGCACCUCGGUGCAAAGUGAGGCCUUGCUCGGGCGACAAUGCUCGAAAUUAUGGCUGAACAUCAAGAUACAAUACUGAAAUGCAAAACCGAGCCUCUGCCUCCGGAGAGGAGAAAGAGGACAGUGGAAGAUUUCAACAAGUUCUGCAGCUUCGUCCUGUCAUAUGCUGGCUACAUCCCUUCUCCUAAAGAGGAGAGCCCCUGGUCUCCGGCCUCCUCCAGUUCGCCGCACGGCUCGGGGACAUCGGGGGAGCUGGGCAGCGGGGGCGGGGCCGGCAGCUGGGGGGACGGCGGCUCAGACCUGCACACCAUCCACACGUUUGUGCGGAAGGCCCGCGCCAACAAGGGCAAGAGCCUGCGCCGGCUGCACUCAGACAGCUCCCUGCUGGACAAGAUGCGCCUCAAGGACUCCCUCUAUGAGGGGGGCGGCAAGGCCGAGCGCAAGAAGGACAAAAAGCUGAAAAAGCUGUCCCUGUCCGCCGGCGCAGGGGAGAAGCGCGCCCGCAUCAAGCGCAGCAAAAACCCCAAGCUGCCCAAAUCGCUCAAGAAACUGAAGAGCCCUGCCCUGAGCGAGACGGACUCCGAGUCGGGCCACGCCCAGCCGGAGGGGCGCAACGCGAAGGAGGAGCCGAGGGAGCAGUCCGUCACCCCUCAGGGGGCUGGGCUUGCCGAGAGGCUCCGGCAGGAGUCAACCAGGGAGGCAGAGAUGAGCUCGAGCGAGGGUGAGACCUGGAUUGCAGACGAGGACAUCAUGGUGGAGUCAGGUGACGACUCGUGGGACUUGAUCACCUGUUACUGCGGGAAGCCCUUUGCCGGGCGGCCCAUGAUUGAGUGCAACCAGUGCGGCGUGUGGGUGCACUUGUCCUGCGCCAAGAUCAAAAAGUCCAAUGUGCCCGACAUCUUCUACUGCCACAAGUGCAGGGACUGUCGUCUGGACCGACGAUCCGGGCAUGGGCACAAGAAAGACCCCUGAGAGCCGUGCGCAGGGAACGAGGGCGCACCCUCUCGGCCCCUGCCUUUCCACGAUAGCCCCUUGCCCUCCAACCCCCCCUCUCUCCUCAUGUUUCUAGGACAGAUUCAUCUCCGGGGUGCCCACUGCAGCGGGUUAUCACCUGAUGUUACUCCGGGAUGGCAGUAGCGCAGUUGGGUUUUACAGGCGAGAUGUGAAACUGGCCAUGUUUAAUCACAGAAUUCCAUCCCCCGCAGAUUCAGGAAGGUGCCUAGCAAAGCGCAUUCAGGCGGGAACCCCUGAAACUGGACCCAGAGGAGGGACGAGAACAGAACUUCGCAGUGCGCUUAUUCCCGACAGUGUAGGCCUCUCAGUGUCGGUAUCCCGGUUAGAGAAACUUACCAGGUUUUCUGUGGAGUGUUCUGCUUGUGCAGUUCCUGCUCUUGACAGUGUCCUCUCAGAAUUGUGUAUCCUGCUCAUUCUGGCCUUUCUGAAUAAGCUUGCCAUCCAUCGCACAGGGUUUCAGCUGAGGACCUUAUAGAGCAAAUACCUAGGGACUCCUUCAGGCUUCACAACCGCAGGUUCAGUAAAGGGCUGUUUUCGUCGGGGUGGUCUUCAUCGGAACUGAACGCGUCUGUCUGGCUGCCUUUUGGGUGAUCUCUUUCUGUUCUGUGCUCCUACAACAGCAGCUGUGUGAACCAUCGUCCCUAGUGCUUUCAGACAUGCACCCAGAGCCUCCUUUACACACCGUGAAUCCGUCACAUUUUUUAAAAAUGGUCUUGCUGUAACCCCCUUAAACCACAAGAUGGGGACGUUGAUUAGCAGAACGGCUCCCAUUGUGAGCCAGCUCACUCGCUCCCAUGUCUGGGGUGUGAUAGCAGCAGGGGAAGGGGGUGCAUUUCUUCAUAGCCUACUGCCAGAUUUUCUCGAUCUGUUCGGCUAGAGUUUAUGAUGAGUGAUGAUUCUUUGUAGAAUAUUUAAGGAGGGUCCUACAUUUAAGUGUAAGGAAGUACCCCACCCCACCCCAACCCUGCCCUUGGCUGAGUCUACAGUAAGCUGAGGAGUUAGCCGUACAGUGGCUCCCGUUAGCAAGAGUUUGGGGCGUUGGCUGAUUUAACCACUAGAGCGUCCUGCCUGAAGUUGCACGUGAUGCCUGAACGUGGAUCCUCGCAUCAUAAAUUGGUAUGUACAACCUUUGAGACCGCCAUGCUCAGAGUGCCUCACUGGGCAGGAUAAGCCCAGCGCUCUCCAGUGUACGGUGUUACUGUGUAUUGCGUUUUACACAGCUGUUAAGGAGGGUUGUUGCUCCGUCUUGGGUCUGCAGUGGAAACCGUGACCCGGGCCCUUAUCCAUAGAUUGUAUUUACUGUCAUCAACAGUCACACAUUUGCUCUCAAAACCAGAAUGUCACUGUCCACUGUUAUUUUGAGUUCUAGAGAUGGGUGGAGAGAUAUCGGUGAGAUCUCAGAGGUUCACACAGGAAGAACACGGCCGCCGCUGUAAAGACACUCCUGAAUAACUCAAGUUGAAUUUGUGGAGCUCCAUUAAACUGAAAACGUGCUGCAUUUGUUUACAGAAUAGUGUUUUUUUGCCCCUUUGUUUUAAUCUUGUGGUUGGGCUUGAAGCAGCCCUCUUAUUGGAUCACAGUAUUCCCACAGAGAUCAGUAAUAAUUCCUGCUUGAAAUUUGGCAGCAACCGCAUUCUCUUUUGUGCCGAUGAGAAUCUGGUGUCGGGAGGCG